ACUCCGGAACCUCUUCCAGCGCCCCGCCCGGGCGCCUUGCUGCGAGGGUAAAGGCCUUCCGCCACACGCGCGGCCCCGCCCCGGUCUCCACGUGACGUGGCGUGCGAAGCGCGCACGCGGGGACUCGCGCUGGAGGCGGGCUAGGGCUGAGGGGCAACUCGGCCCUGGCCGAUCGGUGGGUUGAGGAGGGCGGGGCCACGCCACAGGCCCGCCCCUGUCCUCAGCUGCCUCCGCGCGCCAAAGUCAAACCCCGACACCCGCCGGCGGGCCAGUGAGCUCACUAGCGGACGGGGCAGGUCGGGAUCUGCCUCGGCUGCGCCGCGAGCUCCAGUGCGCGCACCUGUGGCCGCCUCCCAGCCCUCUCUGCUGGACGCGCUGUGGGCCGCCACAAGACUAAGGAAUGGCCACCCCGCCCAAGAGAAGCUGCCCGUCUCUCUCAGCCAGCUCUGAGGGGACCCGCAUCAAGAAAAUCUCCAUCGAAGGGAACAUCGCUGCAGGGAAGUCAACAUUUGUGAAUAUCCUUAAACAAGUAUGUGAAGAUUGGGAAGUGGUUCCUGAACCUGUUGCCAGAUGGUGCAAUGUUCAAAGUACUCAAGAUGAAUUUGAGGAACUUACAACGUCUCAGAAAAAUGGUGGGAAUGUUCUUCAGAUGAUGUAUGAGAAACCUGAACGAUGGUCAUUUACCUUCCAAACAUAUGCCUGUCUCAGUCGAAUAAGAGCUCAGCUUGCCUCUCUCAAUGGCAAGCUCAAAGAUGCAGAGAAACCUGUAUUACUUUUUGAACGAUCUGUGUAUAGUGACAGGUAUAUUUUUGCAUCUAAUUUGUAUGAAUCUGAAUGCAUGAAUGAAACAGAGUGGACAAUUUAUCAAGACUGGCAUGACUGGAUGAAUAACCAAUUUGGCCAAAGCCUUGAAUUGGAUGGAAUCAUUUAUCUUCGAGCCACUCCAGAGAAAUGCUUACAUAGAAUAUAUUUACGGGGAAGAAAUGAAGAGCAAGGCAUUCCUCUUGAAUAUUUAGAGAAGCUUCAUUAUAAACACGAAAGCUGGCUCCUGCAUAGGACACUGAAAACCGACUUCGAUUAUCUUCAAGAGGUGCCUAUCUUAAUAUUGGAUGUUAAUGAAGACUUUAAAGACAAACAUGAAAAUCUGGUUGAAAAGGUCAAAGAAUUUUUGAGUACUUUGUGAUCUUGCUGAAAACUACAGGCAGCCAAAUGGUUUCAGAUACUUCAGCUUUGUGUAUCUUCGUAGCUUCAUAUUAAUACAAGUUUCUUUAGAAAACCCAAGUUUUUAACCAUUUUUGUUCUAAGGAAAAAAAAAGAUUUUUAAACGAAUCUUAUGUGAAACUUUUUGACCAGUUUUCUUGUCUUUUCUUCUUUUCUUCUUUUCUUCUUUUUUUUUUUUUUUAAGACAUUUAAAGACAAAGACAUUAUUUCUCAUAGCAGGAAGUGUAGAGGUAGAUGGUUCCAGAAUCAGUAUAGUGGCUAAACUACAUUAGAAAAGAUCCAGCUUCCGUCUUUCCCCUCUUUUGUCUUCCUCAGCAGGUUGGCUUUUUCCCCUGGUGCCUCUCACCUCAUUGGUGACCAGUUUCUUAACUGAAAGCUUUAAUGUUACAUAGUAAAUGGUAGUGUGUCCUGUGUAAAUUAGUAUACCUAUUAAAAGUUGCAAAGUAGAAUUAAAGGAAUUCCUAGAAUAAGGAUUCUAAAGUUUUAUUUUAAAUGAUUAUCUUCUUAACAGUUUAGUCCUACCUCUUACUUCCUGCCUCAGUCUGCUUUCUCUACUGUCUGGAUUAAUUAGGCAGCCUGCUAUAAAGUUAAAGUCACACAUUUCUAUUUUGCAAACUUUGUGAUUACUCUUUGCUUUGUACUUUGCUUUGUAGGCUUCUGCUUUAAGUUUUUCUCUUUUUCAGACAAAUUACUGAUAAAAAUGAUAUUGCUCUAUAUGUAAUAUAUCCUGAAAGCAUUAUUUUUUGUUGAAUAGAAAAUAAAAUUAAUGAAGCCAGAGGCUAGAAAGCAUCCAUUAGUUAAUGAGACACAACUACUUAUCUCUAAACCAUCUAUGUGAAUAUUUGUAAAAAUAAUGCAUGGAUUCAUCUUAGUUCUGUAUAUAAAUAUAUUUUCUUUCUAGUUUGUUUAGUUAAGGUAUGCAAUGUUUUUCCUGUGUAUUAAACCUUUCCAUUUUGCAUUUUAGAAAAUUUUAUGUAUUUUAAAAUAAGGGGAAGAGUAACUUUCAUUUUGAAACUAUUAUUUUUCUUUCCAAAGUGUCAUUUUUGUUUUUGGUUUCUUAUUCGAAGAUGAUAAUUUAGUGGAUUAACCAGUCCAGAUGCACUGAUCUUUGCAAAGGGGACUUAAUUUCAAAUCUGUAAUUACCAUACAUAAACUGUCUCAUUAUACGUACACAUUUUUUUUGGUUUGUUUUAGUUUGGUAUAAAUGAAUUCGUUUACUUAAUUAAAUAUUUCUUAACUAUAAACCUCAUGAACUACAGUGGAGCUACACUCAUUGAAAUGUAAUUUCAAUUCUAAAAAGAUGUAACAAUCUUUUUAGAGUUAAAAUUUAUUCUACUUUUAAAUAAAAAAUUAUGAAUAUUAAAGGUGAAAAUUAUAUAAAUUACUUUGAUUCCAUUUUAAGUGGGGACAUAUUUCAGUAAUUUUUAGUAACCUUUAAAAAUGUAUAAUGACUUUUAAAAUUUGUAGAAUUGAAAAGAUGCUAAUAAAAAUUUAUUAUUUAUUUGUCAUGACUCAAAAA